AUGGAUGAAUCUGAGUUUUACAAUGAUUUAUCUGCAUAUGAAGAUUAUUAUGACCGUUCUAACGACUAUGGUCAUACUGAGAAUGAUACCACUUUAAAUGUGGAAAAUGAUUUAAUAAAUGAAGAAUUAUAUGAAAGAAAUGUGAUAAACAAAGAUGAUAAAAUAGUACUUAAACCAAUUGAUAACGAGAGAAGAGGAUAUAAAAGAAAUUUUGAGGAGGAAGGUUAUAUGGGCAACGGUUUGGCUGUAAAUAAUAGUAAAAGGAAACAUACCUCAAAAAAAGGUAUAAUAUAA